GGAGAAAGUCUAGAACCCCAAGACGGGGAUUGCGGUAGUAGGUGGCGAGUUCCAGUACAGUCUUUCAGAGCUGCACAUGAUGCGAAUGUUUGAAGGAGACAGAAGAUGCUAGAGACGUCUGAGUCUCGAUCAUUGCGCCGGGCAGUUGCACAGAAGUUGUGUCGAAGGCGGAAAGAGUGAGGCCAGGUGGGGGCGAUGAUCAGGCUUCGGGGCGGACCCCAGAAAGGAGCCUCAACAGUAUUGCCCUGAGGUGGCGAAAAGAGAGAAAUUGGACCUGUGGACCCGGCGGGACCUAUCUUCUCACCUCCUUGGCGUUUCCCGAUUGCCAAGACUAGAAUCACAAGCGCUAAAAAUUCCUGGCUCUAGCACGUCAUGUUUCCACCUGUCGGUUGACCUCCAUCUGCUUUUGCGUCACUCCAAAUAUCAGCCCCAUUCGAUGGCGAGAUGAUGGAUUGCGACCCAAUUGUGCUUGCGAUCGAGAAAGAUGUCUGCUGCUCAUCAACUUUUCGCUUUGCUAUUCCGAGUGUGUGCCCGAAUAUAGUGCUGUUGCACAAACUCCUUUUCGUGUUCAGAGUGGUUGAUAUCUGUGGGUGUCAGGGAUUUUGUUUGCUGUGGCAAGCCCUUUGAAGCAGCUUGAAUUAUAAUUGUUUGCAUAUCAACCGGCGGUGAUAUCGGGCUCACGCGUGUUCCUGAAAUUAGGACCAGUUGAAUGAGUCUUUGUUUGUACCAGAUCUAACAUCGAUUGUCACCGAUACUAACGGUGGCCACCAAGUUUGUUACUGCGUGCCGUGCGUCUUAGUGACACAGUUCAACGUUAUAUAAGAUGCAUGACACAUGUGAUCGAUUGAUUGAUGGAUCCUUAUGAAAGAGGGGUAGAUAGUCGAGAGAGUCGAGAGAGUCGAGGGUUUCAGCCAGAUUGAGAUUGUUUUGUUCGCUUCAUGUUGGUUUCACAGUUGGUACUCCGGGAGGUGAGCCCUUGAAAUUAGGACAUGAGUGUGUACUAGGGUUUGUCCAUGAUUGUUGCGAUGGUGUGUGCAACGAAUUAUCAGUGUUAGUAAAAUUUUGACAUUUCGCUGGAGAGUCCUGCUCUAGACAUCGCAGCUGGAGUUGUAGAGAAAAUAUCACGAGUCUUCAGUUCAGGUUGCUGCGAUUAAUUGUGAUUAAUUUUUUGAAAAAGUGAGUGGUUCUGGUCAGUAGAUAGAUAGACUCUGUUUGAUGGUAAAGCCCUUGCGGAGUAGUCUGUAACUUGUGCUAGAGAUUGAGCUUUGAGGUUUGAAGGAAAUUAUGGCGCCUAUGACGUCGGAUACAAGGUCCAGGAGAACAACUUCUUACUCAUGGUCUAGUGACUCUAGCGCCAAUCGGCCUUUGUCGCAGUGGCAAGAUGUGGAGGGUAUCAGCGGUCGGGUGGAUGAUUACACGAGCGACGCAUAUACUUAUGAUCGGAAGCGUAGUGGAGACAAUCAAUUGAAGGUUAACAGCAUGAGUGACCUGAGCGACAUGAGUGAGACCGAUUCUAGUGUGAGAAGACCUCAACUCCGUCCGAUUAAGGUAAAUUAUGAAAGCGACAGUUGUUUGACGCCGCGAUCUCGCAGAACGCUUCCGAGGACGCCAACAGGCGCCAUCGAGUCAUGGCCGAGCGUACAAACUCAAACCAAACCUGCACUGGACACUAUCUACAGCCCAACUCACGAGAUUCUACACCCCAUGCAAACACUGCUUCUGGAGAAAUCGUUGUGUGAGAAAUCAGCCCAGACGAAUGGAGUCGCAGUGAGUUCGACCAAAGUCACUCCCGACAGCAACACGCCCCGUACAGGAGAAGUGAAACAAAGCCGUGUAUAUAUUGAUGGUCGCAAAACUCUGCAGCCGGAGACGAAACCUGACGAAUAUGAGAGCUACAAGCUUCCGAAACCACAAUCGAAUCGUUUCAAAUUUGAAAGCUACACUCCUCCUGAACCACAUCAGAAUGCAAAAUGUAACGGGGGGGGGGAGAAGUUAGAGCUAACUAGCAGCAAAGCUCAGGGCUCUCCAAAGAGAGAGGCUUUUGAUAUGGAAAGCGCUGAAGCAUCAAUGCCGAAUAUAGUGGCAAUUAUCAUGGAUGCAGAGAAGAAGCCAUCAUUUUCUGCUCUGGACUGGGCCAUUAAAUCCGUUGUUCAACCAGGGGACGAGAUAUUCAUUCUCGGGGUUCUCAAACGCGUAACAAGUCCAAUGGGUUGUAAGGUUGUGGCAACAACUGAUCUGUCGGUUGGAGUUAACGAUGAAGUUCUGCAGAAGGAGGUCAAUAGGGCAACGAGUUUCUUCGAGCACAAGUUGUCUGACAGUGGCAGAAGAGCAGAGUGUGAGAAGAAGAAUGUUAAUCUCACAGUGUGGAUAGCACCCGGCGCUCGAGCCAGGACAGUGAUUGUGCGAGAGUUGGCAUCUCUCAAGGCCACAUACGCAAUUUUCGACAAGAGGGCAAUGAGAAGCCAUCGGUAUUAUGGGAAGCACUUGUCGUGCUAUGCGGUGCGCAUGAGAAGAAACGGGCGGUCCACAAAGGCAAUCACCACUGUUUCAUGUCAGAAAGCGUUGAUCAGAAAAUCAAGCUCUGUACAGACGUCAAACACGUCGCCCACGUCGCCCAACCACCACUCCGAAUUCGAAUCUCCAACUUUCUGGAGAAGGUUCAGAAACCUCGGAUCAAGUCGUAACCUUACUCAAACUUCAAUUAGCUCACCAAGCUCCAGUGCCAGUCAAAGCUCAGACACCAUCUCGCCAUCAGCUAUCUCGGCAGUGGAUCACUUAGACUCUUUCAUUUCCGAAAUGCAAGACUUCUCGAUUUCGUUGGAUCAGUCAAAACAGUUCAAUCUGAGCGAUGAACGAACUAAGUCGGAGUUAGCUCUGCAGUCACGCAUUAUUGCCGAUGCGUUUUCGCACAAAAAAGCCAUGGAUGCUCACCGAAUCAGACAGCGUCCAAGUUCAGUCUCUGUCCCCCCGAUCUGCGCCACAUAAACCUGCAGCUCUGGCCGCACAAAUUAAAGUAGAUUUCGAGAUGAAGGUCUUGUUGGAGAGAGAUCAUCAUACUGGUUGAGUAAAUAAUGCGGUCAGGAUGCAUGCUUGAAGAUGCGAGUUUGCUGCAUCAGUUGUCGAUGCUUGAUUGCUAAACCACAUUUAGUUCAUUCCGGAGCGCUCCGUUUGCCUGCAGAGGAAUGGUUUCUCUUCCUAGCAGUUCUAGAGAUGUAGAAGUGUCCUUGACAAGGGCAACUCAGUGAGUGGCUGAGAACUGAGCAUGAAUAACUUCUUCGAAUGUAUCAUACAUAGGAUAAGCAUCUGAUAUUUUCCGUUGUCAAACACAAUCGAUGAAUAAUUCACCCUUUCAAGGUCCUUUAUGUUAUUUUACUUCUUAUAAGCAUCUGAUAUUUUCCGUUGUCAAA